UAAGGGGGCAACAGACAGUCAUUUGUGGUGUCUAAAGACGUAAAACACCCUGAGUAGUCAGAUCAAUUGCAGACAAAGGCCAAAACUCAAUUUCAUUCACCCUCUAGUCUCAUCUUCUUCUUUGUUUGCGAUCCUUCCGAUAUCGCUAAGGAAAAAAAAGGAAUCUGUAUUUUAGUGGACUGAUUCACCGGAUCGAAUCUAAGAAGAAAUGGGAGGAGCUGGAGGAGGAGGAGGAGAAGGCGGCGAUUUCAGAGCCAAAGUAUGGAGCAUGUCUGGUGGGCCUUACUGUAGGCCCAAGCACUGGCGUCGCAACACCGCCUUUGCAAUGCUUGGCGUUUUCCUUGUCUGCAUCCCCAUUGCCAUGAAGUCUGCCGAGCUCGAGCAAAGGCCGCACAUGCCCGUACGUCCAAUUCCUUCACAGAUUUGGUGCAAGAACUUUGGAACCAAGGACGAUUACGAAAAAGAGCAUUAAAUCUUGUUUUACUUGCUGUUGAGACAACUCUCUUUGGCUUGGUCUCUUCUUAUUUUGCAGACGACAAUGUGAGCAUGACAAAACCCCUUCUAGAUUUUUCACAGUAUUUGUGACCAUAAUAAUCUGUCUUUGCCUUGCCAUGUUGUUAGACCAAAUGAAAUCUUUCCAAAUUAAGACAUUUCAUGUCUUUUUCAGAAA